CUUGAAUGCCGGUUCACACACGAAACAGGCACCCGAUGCACAAGCUAAAAUCCUCCCCUCGCUGUCUCGAAAGCCAGAUGCUGUGUGAAGCCAGCUUGUGUCUGCUAGGACUUUUGCUGCUUCUAAAACAGUUAGCUCCUACCGGUUUCCUAAGGAAUAUUCUCCUCCCUCCCGGCUGUAUCGAUCACGAAGGAGCCUGAGAAUCCCAACCGUGUGCGCCACACCGCUGGUCACGGAGGGGGUUUUUUUUGAGGGGGGGGAGAAAAGCAGAGAAUCGGUUUGUGUCGUGCCGCUUCACUUCGUUUCCAUAGGGCAGAAGAUACCAGAGGAGAAGUAGCGGGGGUGGUGGAAAGGAUCGUUAUAAUUAGAUGGAAAUAGGGGAAGCAAGAGAUAGAUUUGGUACUCGUAGAGGGAGAGUGUAUCGGUACCGGUAAUCGAAAGUAAGGGUUCGAUCUGCGUCCUCUGACAGAGCGUCUACUCGAGCACCAGUGUGCGGUGUUCAACAGACCGGGUGAUCAAAUCAAGUAGAGCCGACCCUUGUGAAUUUUGAUCUGAACCCCUAUCACCGCUAGAAAGAGGAAAGUCCCAGGGGUGACCUGAGGAUUCCUUCCUCAAAAGGUGCCGAUACGGAUCAUGCCCAGUGAGGAUAGAAGGGCUUAGUAAGAGCAAAAUUCCCACAUGUCUCUUCGUAUCAUAGAAAUGGUAUUUAUUAUCCAAGAAUGUGAUCAGCAGACAAAAUGCAGUGACAGGGCUCUACGGUGGGUUUUUUCGCACCUAAAUCCACUUCAACCAUUUCUUUUUUUCACUUCAGGACCCCUUUGUGAUACUGAUUAAAAAGAUACAUCUGUUUCACCUCAGCUUCCUUCGGAACACCGACAGCUCGAGGGGCCCUCUCAGCCUCAUCCAAUCUACUCGAGUACAGUACACUCGGAUAGAUCACGUCCACAAAGCCACCAUAUCUCGACUAUCACGGCACUCGGACACAUCCCUCAAAUCUCAUGAACGACCAUGACGGGUACUAUCGGUAACUUUAUCACUGUGAGCCCCUGAAAAUCCACCAAACAAGCGCCCUGCCCUAGGAAACCGGACUGACAAGUCUUAUAGACAAUACUUCUCACAUUAGCCUGCUCGGCAAUCCUUUUUAUCACGUAUCGCCAUGCCAUCCGGCCAAUACUAGUGCGGCGCAACAUCAUCCCCCUAAGAAAUCUUCCUCGAGCGUUGUCCGAUACAUUUCUGUCACAAGGGCGCGUCCGGCUUGGGGAUGACGAUAACCAAGAGGUCCGCAGCAGAGCUCUAGAGGAGGGUUUCAGAGACGACAGCGACGAUGAAGAAGCUCCGGUUGGUGAUGACAGGAGACGAGAAUCACAACCGAGUACUUCAGACUAAAUAUCGAGAAAGAAAGGGAGGAACGGGUUAUUGAUUGUGACCCCAGAGGCACUGGAGGAGGACUGAUGCAAGCUAUUAGUGUGGGGAAACCAGGGAGUUUGGCGGGGUUCAAAGAUAAUAUUAUCAUACAUUUUCGUUAUUAUCCCCAAUCAGCAAACAUCCCAUGAUUACUGC